AUGGUCACUGGCUGACCUCCACCGGGGCCUCCUUCUCCCGUAGGCCGUGGCCGGGGAAAGCUUCAGGGAAUCGGGAAGCAGUCUGUUCAACAUGUCGGUCCGAUGAGAACCUUCUGAAGGGCCGGUCCACUGCAGAGGUCAUGAUCGGAACCUUUAAGUGAACCGAACCGGAAUAUGGACUAACGGGAGCGGGAGUCCAGGGUGGCGCCAUGGCAGCACGGCUUCUGGACCGCCUGAAGCGCUCUCUGUUUAAGGACACUCAGGGGCCUGAAUCGGACCGGAGAGCAGGGGAUGGACCAGAGGAGGGGCGGGGCUUCAGCAAGGAGUGGUGGGAGGCGGAGCUAGAGGAGGAGGAGGGCGUGACGGAGCGACUCAGAGGAAGGCUUUGCUUUGAUGGCGGAGAGUUUGGAGGCGAGGAGAUGGACAGCGACUCUGACUUCCUGGGAGAGUCGAUGGAGGAGGGCCUGAGCAGCACUGAUGCCAGUCCAGGCGGCGUGUGCCCCGUUGGCCCCUCCCCUUCCACGCUCACUCAGCCGUUUCAGGAACGCUGGAGGAACCUCCAUGGACUCGGAGCAGCCGGUCCGGAUCGCAGCACCGGGCGACACUCGGAUAGCUUGUCCUUCGAGGUGACGGACGCCAGCGUGGUCCAGGAUGGCGCCUCCAAAUUCGUGCUCUACACCAUCCAUGUGAUCCAGUCGGGUGGCAGCGAUAAGACUCCUGCCGUCAUCACCCGCCGCUACUCUGACUUCCAGCGACUCCAUGCCGCCCUGAGGCGUAACCAUGGUGACCAGAUGGAGCGCGUCUCGUUCCCACGAAAGAAGCUGCGUAGGAACUUCACGGCCGAGACCAUCGCCAAACGCAGCCGGGCCUUCGAACAGUACCUGUCCCACGUGUGUUCCCUGCCUGUCCUGCGGGGGGCGCCGAGCGUGCGCCACUUCUUUUACCUGAGCGACCUGCAGGCGGGCCAGCUGCUCCUCAGGUCCGGACGGUUCCAGGAGGCAUUGGGUCCUCUGCUUAAUGCAAAGAGACUACAACACAAGUUGGGCUGGGCCAGUAACCAUGACGACGGGAUGCAGUCCCCACACCUGGCCUCAUCUCAUUGGUUCUUCACCUUGGUGGGGCUGUUGUGCUGUUUCCAGGAGGAGGAGCAGCUGGAGGAGGCUCUGGAGCACGGAGACCUUGCCCUAAGUGUUCUUCUCCCUAACGAGAGCUGCAUCGGUGCUCAGCGUAAGCCCCUCCCACCGCAGGAUAAGCCCCUCCCCUUUAUGUGCCUGCUGCUGCCGCUCCUGCAGGCAGUGAUCCGACUCUCAUGGCAAACAGGGAGAGACAAGCAGCGGUGGGAGGAGCAUCUUCAGCAGCUGGGGGAGCAGACGGUGGGGGCAGACGACCGUCUGACGGUCAGAGAGUUCCUGCUGAGGUUCCAGCUGCCGGAGGCCGCUGGAGGCGGAGGGAGCUCCACGUAGGAGGAAGCAGUCCCAGACUUUCAGAAUAAAGCUCCGAUAUAUGCUGGAGGUCAAUGAGGUCAAACAUUUCUGGAACAUCUUGGCUCCUCAGAUUGGUUUUACUCUCCAUCCUUAGAAGCAUCAGAACUGCCUUUAAACGUCCAGAAUUAGUGAUGGAGGCGAGUUCAUGCAGAUUGUUCCAGACGCCUCAGAGAAGGAAAGGUAACAGAAACAGAGGAAGGAAAGGUAACAGAAACAGAGGAAGGAAAGGUAACAGAAACAGAGGAAGGAAAGGUAACAGAAACAGAGGAAGGAAAGGUAACAGAAACAGAGGAAGGAAAGGUAACAGAAACAGGAAGGUUCUGCUGAGGAGCAGAGCUGAAGCCUUAGCUCCUCAGCAGAACCUUCACUACCCAGGAGGAGCUUUCCAAAGAAGCCAGGAUGGAGCUUCAGCUGUUACCGGGGUCUGGCCCGUGAUGCAGGCUGUGACGCUGGGCUGACUCUGACUGGGUCAGAACCGUGCUGGAAGCAGAACACCGCUUCCUUCUUCAGGUUGGCACAGAAAUCUUCCCCAGAGCAGCAGCAGCAGCAAUCAUCCUCUGAUGGUUGCUAUGACGCCAACAGGCCACCUCCCCCUUCUGGGGGUUCACAUAUCAAUCAUUAUCCUGCUGCUCCCAGGCGUCCGGUUGGAGGUAAAACCUAGGGAUGGUUGCCAUGGAGACCCGGCGAUGACUGGAUGCUGGACAGAAAUAGAUGUUUGAUUGACAU